CUUUUACUUGAAGCAGUUGAAGCUACUUCUAGGCAGUGUCAGCGAGCGAAUAAUUUAAAUGACUUAUUGCAUCAAUAAAUUACUUCUAGUCAGUGUUAUUUACUGUAAAAACUCCAUUUUAUUUCAAUUUUUAAGUUACUUCAACCGGGUUUAUUUAAAAUCGGUUGAUUCUGUGUAAUUACACAUCGUUUUAUCGUUCUUGCUAGGCGCAGGUGAGGUGAUAAAAGAUAUCAGUUAUAAAUUAAAGAUGAAUUAAACAGUUGUUGCUGGGAGUUUCUCCACCGAUAAACGGAUAAUUUUACUAUUGGUUUUAAGUCAAUAAUGAGGAGUACACAAUGAAGGAGAUGGUAGGAGGCUGCUGCGUGUGCUCUGACGAGCGGGGCUGGCCCGACAACCCGCUUGUCUACUGUGACGGAAAUGGUUGCACUGUUGCAGUCCAUCAAGCAUGCUACGGUAUUGUCACAGUGCCAACAGGCCCCUGGUUUUGUCGGAAAUGUGAAAGUCCAGAAACGAAAAAUAAAGUUCGCUGCGAGCUGUGCCCGUCUAAAUCGGGGGCUUUGAAGAGGUCUGACACAGGUGGAUGGGCUCACGUGGUGUGUGCUCUGUACAUACCAGAGGUCAGAUUCGGCAAUGUGACGUCUAUGGAACCUAUUGUACUGCGUUUGAUUCCACCUGAGAGAUAUAAUAAGACUUGCUACAUCUGCCAAGAUUUGGGUAAGACGCAUCGUGCAAAUGCCGGUGCUUGCAUGCAGUGCAACAAAUCAGGUUGCAAACAGCAGUUCCACGUAACUUGUGCACAAGGCUUAGGCCUCCUGUGUGAGGAAGCGGGCAACUAUUUGGACAAUGUAAAGUACUGUGGAUACUGCCAACAUCACUAUAGUAAACUGUUCACCAAUCAUGAUGUCACCAUCAUCGCCAAGAAAAAGGGCGGUAACGUAAAGACGAUCCCGCCGUACAAGCCGGUGUCGCACGAUAGUCAGUCGAGCGACUCGAGCUGCGAGAAGGAGGGCGAGCCCUCAUGCUCGCCCAAGGCUAGCGGCGGCGCGACGCCCACUCACACCGGCAAGUCCAAAGGGCCGGGACGUAAGUCUUCAUCGCAUGCAACAAGCACCGUGGUCUCAGGAAAGAGCACUCCAAACGCAUCAAAAACUCCAAAUCAAAACCAAAUGAUGGACAAGAAGAAGCCGUCGCCGUCUCGCCGCGGCUCCUCUGCUGGGGACGGUGGGUCCAGCAGUAAGACCAGCACCCCAGCGCCUUCCCCGCAGCAUACGACAGAGACCGCAGCAGCUCAACCCAAAGCAUCAGGCAGCUCCACGCCGGCAGGUCCGUCGAAGGUGACGCCUCCAGCGGCGUCACCCAGCGCCAACAAACCCGUGGAACCAGUGGGAGUCAUCAGCUCAGUAGCACAGGCAGUAGCCUCCGUCUCAACUAUUACUACCAAUCCUACUAGCACUCCAGUACCUGCAUCUGUGGUGCAGGUCCCGACUUCCAAGCCCACAUACCAGGAGUCGGUGAUUACUAACACAGACUUAGUGGAGACCAAACAAACUAAGAAACGGAAGGCCAUCGCAGCCGCUAACAAUAUGAAUGCGCCAGUUGAUUACACUAAUAACAGCACUCCACCAGUCGGGGCGGGUGAAGGUACUUCUCAAGCUGGAGGAGUGUGGGAGGCCACCCAUGUGCCAGCAGAUGUUCAGCUGGAAAACGUUGACAAAAUUAUUAAGAAGGCCAAGACGGAAGGUCUUGAAACUAUUCCAGUGCCGACUUCUCACUUCGCGAGUGUAAGUCCCGCGCCGCCGCCGCCCCCGCCACCGGCGCACAGUCCUGCCUCCAAUCCUAGUCCAAGGCACCUGCCCAGUCCUAUGCCGGGCCCAAGUGGGAUAAACCAAGUAUCAAACAUUCGCUCGCCAUCUAACCCACAGGUUCAAAGUGACAUGCCAGGUCCUUCGCCGCAUAUUUUCCACCAACCCCAGAAACAAGUCAGUGCGGCCAUGGAUACUGGCAUGACAGGGCAUUCACCGCAUGCUAUCCCCGGCCGCUCCUGGGGAGGUCUUAACGUAGCAUACGAAUUACAAGAUCCAAAUAAAGCAGGUAUGAGUGGCAUGCCUGGUCCCAGUAAGCAGCCAGACAUGGGUCCCGUGAACAUGGCCCCCAUGCCGCCAACAACUGUAAGGACCAAGAAACGAGCUGCCAUGGCCACUUCAGUCGUCGCCAUGAGUAACACAGCCUCUGCCAUACAAACAAUGACGACGCAGACGUUGGCCAGUGUACGCCGCCAGCCCCAGCCGACGCCGCCGCCGAUCUACUCCGAGACUAUCAAAGACUCGCCACCGAGCUCGCCAAGCUCUGAAAGACCAUUGAAGCCCAAGAUGGAGACCAAAACCUUCAUGUAUCCCAGGAUCGGAGCUUCUUGUACCGCCCCACACAUGCUAGGCAAUGAGCUUAACCCCGAGAGCGGCGCGGCGGCUUGUCUCCAAGAACAAUUAACAGCUGAAUUAGCAGCUCACGCCGCCGGUAGCGCCGGUGGAGACACCCUCAUACCACCGCCGCUUAUCAACAAAGCUGCCCCUGGCGGCAGUAUCAGUUCGGGACGGUCGUCAAGCGCUCAAAGCCUCGAUCAGUUACUGGAACGGCAGUGGGAACAGGGCUCACAGUUCCUCAUGGAACAAGCCCAGCACUUCGACAGUGCGCUGAGAUAUCAUCCAUAUCUAAGACGCCAAACAGCGCUCAUGGAGGCCGCUGUCGCUUCGCUGUUGUCAUGCCUGCACCAACUGCGCACUGAGAACGUUCGCCUGGAGGAGCAUGUAGGCAGUCUGCUCCAACGUCGUGACCACCUGCUCGCAGUAAAUGCUCGGCUCGCUAUACCGCUCACCACUGAAAUGGUACUAGGAGAGAGAUGUACGAAUUCAAGUGAUGUGCCAUUGCGUAGUGACGACUGGCCCGCCCGAGCCGAGCCGGUGCACGCGCGAAAAUGGGCCGCAGAUGAUGCAGGUCCGGCCGCCGCCGCCGCCGGUGCGCGCCGCCGAGACUAUCACGUCGGACCGCCCACACCAGGCACUCAGCUUGGUAAUUGA